AUGAGUGAAAAAGUAAAUAGUGACUUUGAAGACUUUUCCUCAGAUGAGGAAACCGAUCAACAUAACGUCUUAAUUCAGACCAAGAAAAAAAUUUCUAGUAAGGAUGAUAUCUUCAGUAAGAAGGUAGAAGACAUCGAAAGUGAAAACGAGUCAGACAUAGAAGAAGAGCAAAAACAAGAAGAAAAAGAGGAUGUAGAACAACCAGAUAAAGAGAAUGGAGAAAAGCUCGAUCGAGAAGUAGAAGAACAAGCUUCGUCCACCACUUCACUGGAUUUAAAAACAGAAAAACUAAGGCAACUGGUAAAAUCAAAGGCCGCCAAGAAGUCUAAACACAAGACUGGGGUGGUAUACUUCUCCAGUAUUCCACCUUACAUGAAACCUGCAAAAAUGAGACAAAUAUUAACUCGUUUUGGUGAGGUAGAUAGACUAUUUCUAAAGAAAGAGGACGAUCAAAAGUACAAGCAAAGAGUUAAAGGUGGAGGAAACAAGAAAAACAAGUAUGAAGAAGGUUGGGCCGAGUUUAUUAGGAAAAGAGACGCCAAAUUGUGUGCGGAGACGUUGAACGGGAACAUUAUUGGUGGCAAGAAAGGUACUUUCUACCAUGAUGAUAUCCUGAACGUGAAGUACCUCCCAGGUUUCAAAUGGGCAGAUUUGACUGAACAGAUUGCCCGCGAGAACGAUAUCAGACAGGCCAAGUUGGAGAUGGAAAUCUCGCAGGCCAACAAACUGAACGCGGAAUUCAUUAGAAACGUGGAGCAAAGUAAGAUGAUACAAAACAUUAAGAACUCUAGGAAGCGCGCCGGAAAAGAAGGAGAGUCUGCAGAUUCUCACCCUCACAGGGAAUUUAAACAACGUCGUGUGGAAACAAGCCGUGCCAAUGCUCCCUCUGAUAUCAAGCAGCAAUCCUCUGGGUCCAAAGACUUGGGUAAUGUUCUCACCAAUUUACUAUAA